AUGAGUAAUCCUAAUAGUUCUGGUGGCAGUGGUGUUGUUCACAAUAAUAAAAAGCAUCACCACUAUAAAAAUAAUAAUAAUAACAAUAACAAUAAUAACAAUAAUAACAACAAUAAAAAUAACCAAAAUGGUGUAGACAAUCCAAAUGACAUCAAUAAUGGUAAUAAUAAUUCCCACCAUAAAAAGAAUAAUCACCACAAUCAUCAUUAUCAUCACCAUCAUAAUAACAAUAAUAAUAAUAAUAACAAUAAUAAUAAUAACAACAACAGUAAUAAUAAUAAUAAUAAUAAUAGUAAUAAUAAUAAUAAUAAUAAUAAUAAUAAUAAUAAUAAUAAUAAUAAUAAUAAUAAUGGCCACCAUCACAAUAAUACCCAAAACAAUAGCAACUUUACAUACCAACCAAAAACUAAAAAAGAUCACCACAUUCAAAAUAAUAAUAAUAAUAUUAAUAAUAAUAAUAUUAAUAAUAAUAAUAUUAAUAAUAUUAAUAACAAUAUUAACACUAACAAUGGUAAUGAGGUGGGUCAUAUAGUUAGUAACAACAACAACAACAACAACAACAAUAAUAAUAAUAAUAAUAUUAAUAAUAAUAAUAAUAAUAUUAAUAAUAAUACUAUUAAUGGUGGUAAUAGUAAUAUAAAUAAUCAAUUCGAUAAUGAAAAUAAUAAUAAUAAUAAUAUUAAUGAUGAUGGUAAUUAUAUAUAUGAAGAUGGAAUUGAACAAUCCAAUAAUCUUGAUUUCAUGCAAUACCAACAUUUACAACAUAUGCAAAUGAUUCAACAGCAGCAACAACAACAACAGCAACAGCAAUUAUUUUUAUUACAACAAAGACAGUUACAGCAGCAACAACAACAACAAAGAUCAUUAUUACCAGAAUUUCAAUUCAAUGGUAAUGGUAUUAACAAUGGUGCUAAUAAUAAUAAUAAUAAUAAUAAUAAUGUUAAUAAUAAAAAUAACAAUGAACUCAAUAAUGGUAGUAUUGGGGUUAAUGACCAAGGUUCAUUUUUUAAUUAUCCAUUCUUUUCAGAUUGGUCAUCAACAAUGUUUGGAGGUGCUAAUUUAUUAGGUACUAAUAUUCAUCAUCACCAUCACCAUCAUCAAUUAUUCAAUGGAAACAAUGACAUUACUCAAUUAUCACCAUUACAACAAUUACAACAAAAUAUCAAUAGUAAUAGUGCUUCAUUUUUAAAUGGUUCUAUAGGUGUUGGUUCAAAUCAAUUUGAAGAUAUGUUUGGUUCUUUAAGAGGUGCCACUAAUAAUAAUAAUAAUAAUAAUAAUAAUAAUAAUAAUAAUAAUAAUAAUAAAAAUAAUAAUAAUAGUAAUAAUGAUGAAAUUGAUCAAAAUCAUCUAUUUUCAAAUGGUGCCAAUGGAUAUCAUAAUUAUGAUGGACCAUUAUCACCAUCACAUCAAAUGGGUGGUGGUGGUAUACCUCCUUCUUCACCACCACCACCUCCAUCUUCAAUGGGUUAUAAUACACCAUCAAAAAAUAAUCAUCAAACAAUACCAUUUGGAAACUUUAAUGGAGGGGCAGGUCAACCACCAAAUAUUAUGCAAUUUAUUCAAUUCCAACAGCAGCAGCAACAACAGCAACAACAACAACAGCAGCAAUUGUUACUCCAACAACAGCAACAGCAACAACAGCAGCAACAUAUGCAAAUGUUACAUCACCAACAGCAUCCACACCCACUUAAUAUGAAUAUUCUCCAACAGGCACAACAUCAACAAUAUCAGCCAAACUUUGAUCAUCAAAAUUUUAAUAACAACAACAACAAUAAUAAUAAUAAUAAUAAUAAUAACGAAGAAAGUAUAUUAUUUAAAUUAGAGAAUGGUUUAAUAAAUAGCGGUAAUAAUAAUAAUUUCUUGAAUCAUAGCCAACAACAGCAUAAUCAAAUGUUAAUGAUGAUGAUGAUGAAUAACAAUAAUAAUAAUAAUGGUAAUAUUAGUAAUAGUGGUGAAAAUAAUGGUAUGGUUGAAUCAUUGUCAUUGGAAUCAUUAUCAAUUCAUGACAGAAUUAAUUCAUUAUUGGAUGAUUCAGCAGAUGGUAAUGUAAACAUUAAUUUUGAUAGUAAUGAUUAUCAUCAACACCAAGAUGCAACCUCUACUCAAACUUCAACAACAACAACAACAACAACAACAACAACUGAAGAAUCAAUAAAUACAGUUGGCGAAGAGGAUGAUGAAGAAGAGAUUGAAAAAGCAAAGAAAAAGAUUGAAAAGAAGAGACCACUCUUACCAAAACCAUCUGAAGAAAAAAUAAAAGAAAUUACAAGUCAUGCUUUUGAUAUCUUUGAAAAAUCAAAAUGUGAAGAAAAUAGAGGCAAAAGUUUAUUAAUUCGUUUACAAAAUUUAGUUUCAAAGAUAUUUCCAAAUUCAGGAGUUAAAUUACAUUUAUUUGGAUCAAGUGCAAAUGGUAUGUCAUUAAAGAAUGGUGAUAUUGACAUUUGUAUGGUGAUUGAUCAAUCAUCAGAGGGUACAUCCGAUGUAAUUAUAGAGAGAUUGGCAGAGAUGUUAAAGAUUAAUGGAUUUCAAAAGAUAUUGGCAAUUCCAACAGCACGUGUACCAAUCGUUAAAUUUAAGGAUCCAAACACUGGUUUAUCAUGUGAUAUUUGUAUGAACAAUAGAUUGGCAAUCUAUAACACUAGAUUGGUUCAAGAUUAUUCAAUGAUCGAUGAAAGAAUGAAACCAUUGGUUUAUGUUGUAAAAAGAUGGGCAAAGAGAAGAAAGAUCAAUGAACCUUCGUUGGGCACAUUGUCAUCGUAUGCUUACAUUAAUUUGGUAAUUAGUUUUCUUCAAACUCGUCAACCACCAAUAUUACCAUGUUUACAAGAGUUGGCAAAUGGUCCAAAGCUUAUCAAUGGUAAGGAGUAUGGUGACCUAUUACCCGAUGUUAUGGUCGAUGGCUUCAACUGUAAAUAUUAUAAUGACAUUAGUAAAUUGGUUGGAUUUGGUAGUGACAAUAAAGAGACUUUGGGUUCUUUGGUCUUUCAUUUCUUUCAAACUUACUCAAGAGAAUUCAGUUUCAUGAAUCAAGUAGUCUCAAUUCGUACUGGUAGUCCAAUUCAAAAAUCCUCAAAAACUUGGGAAUCAAUCGCAAAGAAAAGUCAUUAUUGGUUCAGUAUUGAAGAUCCUUUUGAAACAACUCAUAAUUUAGCUAGGGUUGUCAAUAGGCCAAAUCUUUCCAUUAUCAUCUCUGAAUUAAAUAGAGGUUAUAAAUUAUUAUCAAAAAAUUCUAAUCUUCAUAAAGUUUUAAGAGAAUAUCAUAAUGAUGAAUGA